AUGACGUCUAUAACUCGGGGUCGAGGCCUCCAUGCUUCAUUACAGCCUUGGAGCAACCCCAGAGUCUAUCACCAACUCCGAUCCCAAUUGCAGCCCGUCUGUGUGCGGUCCAGUCUACUCUUCUCAACCUCGGCCUCAAGCCAACAAUCCCGCCGACCCUCCCCAUCAUCACCUUCAUCCUCCGUCCCGUCUACCAGUAUAGUCACAGCCCCUUCCAAAAUUGAAGUCAAUGCUCCCAGCAGCACAUUUCCCGCGGAUAUCGUCGACCCAGCUCCCGUCUCUCCAUCUACUGGACUUCCCGGCAAGCUGAAACGCUUUGUCGAAAUUGGCCGCAUAUACCUUACUUUUUACAAGACAGGCUUGAAGAAUGUGUACCGGAACUACCGCGUCUCAAUUCCUCUCCGGAAAGUGCUGGGGCUCCCAGUAUAUCUCCCCGUGUCUCCUCCGCGGACAAUUUCACAGAACAAUGCCCCCUCAACAAGAAAAGAAUCAGUACUAGGACGGGCGCAAUUCCAGCUAGUCUGCCGCUCAGCCCGUGAUGUCCGACGCAUGAUUCCAUUCACAAUGAUUUUGAUUGUCUGCGGGGAAUUCACGCCGCUGAUUGUCCCAAUCUUCGGGUCCGCCAUUACUCCAGCUACAUGCCGAGUUCCCUCGCAGGUAGAAAAGGAGCGCGUGAGCGCAACCAAGAUAAAAAUGGCCGCGUUGGACGUGCAUGUAACUGCGUCCAAGGACGCCUCUCUCAACCUGCUUCGAUCUAGUAGUGAAGAGCAAUUGCAUCUUCUCGCUAAGCAGUUUGCCGACCCAGUUUGGGCAGCGAGUGCUGACCCUGCCUCUGUACUGCGUGCGGCAGCUGUUUUUGGUCUGGCCAAGCGCCAUGAUCGGGCUGCUGGGACACUUCUUGCUGGCAUAAUCUAUCGACCCCGGCUCGCACGGCAUAUUGAGUACCUGUCCAUUGACGACGAGAUGAUUCAUGCUGGCGGCGGCGUUCGAGCUUUGAAUGCGGCCGAGGUUCGGAUUGCGGUUGAAGAGCGUGGUGGAGUUGAUGUCUCUGCCAGUGCGAAGGAUCGCAAACAGGCGGAGAAUGUUGAAAGGCGCUGGUUAGAGCAGUGGCUGUCUAUUCGUGGAGGUGGCCCAAAGUCCAAGAAGCAGUAG